AUUAUUAUCAAAAAAUAUUGCAAGUCAGUAUUCGCAGAAAGAAAAAUAAAUAAAUUGUAGUCAUGAAAAUUUUAAUAUUUUUUGGGUUAAUUUUGACAGCAGUAAAAGUUGAUUCCUCUUCACAUGAAUUUGAAAGAUUAAUGGAUGCAUCAGCCGGUUGUGAAGCAGAAUUGGGAGAACCUAAAGAUCUAUUUGAAAAAAUGAAAAGGGGUGAGGACAUUGGAGAUGUAACUGAAGCAGGUGAAAUGGCCCUUUGCAUUAACGUAAAAAUGGGUCACAUGAGCCAAAAAGGAGAAAUUCUUCCUCACGAAUUUAAAAACCAUGUGAAUGCACUUACCGAAGACAAAGAAAAACGUAAAGAAAUUAUGGAAAAUUGUGGACCCAAAAAUGGUAAAACUCCAGCUGAAGCAGCUUUAAAUUUCGUAAAAUGUAUGCAGAAACAUUUACAUUAAGUUAGUAUAUGAACUAAUAAAAUAUUAAGACUAUUUGUUAAAUUAUAAUGAAAUACAUAAAUUCAUUCUGGAUAAUAAUAUUUGUUUAUUUAUUAUGAUCAUAUUUUUAAUUAAAAGUUUUUUUGCAAUUCAACCACUUAUAAUCGGAGAUCAAUUUUAUAAAAGUCUUGCACAUGUUCGAGAAUCGAGGGAGUCUGCCAAAAGACAUUAAAACUUAAAUAUAAUUUUAAAUGUAUUUAUCUUAUAAAAAAUCAUUUCCAAUAUAUGUUAGGAAGAUUAGUACACAAUUAUAUGAACCAGACAAUUAGAAGUAAUAUGCUUUAAUUUAAAAGUAAUUUAAGUUUAACUGAUCUUUAUUGAAAUACAUAUUUUGAAUAUUAAAAGUCUGUUAUAAUCUGAUUUAGCUCUAAAGAUUUUGGUAAUUGUUUUUUGUUUUGACUAGACCAAAUGAUGCUGUAUAAAUGGUUUAUUUUAAACAUUUUGGGUUAGGGUACGGCAUCCAAGCUGAAUUCGGAUCACACUUUGUUCAUAUCCCGAAAUAUUUUGAAAAUUUGGCAAGCCUAGCGCGAGCCGCAGUGUUGCUGUUGGCAAAGAAUGUUUACUUUUUACACACAAAAAUCUGACAAAAAUCAUUAGAAGAAAUAAAGGGAUUGAGCCUAAGCUGAAAUUAAGAUUUUAGAGUAAUAUUUUGCAAAUAUCAUUCACUAUUAUUAAAUUAGUUGCAGCUCUGUCAACUCUACAUUUAAAAGCUGAUGAGAUGGUUUCUUACAAGCAUUAAACACAAAGAAAAGCAAGAAAAGUCAGCUGGAUUUACUAAAAGAACCUACAUUAUUAAAAAAAGGGUUUGCUAAAGGAAGCUUUUAGUGAAAAGUAGUUACAAAUAAUUUUAUAGAAGAAAACAAGGGCAUGUUGGACUUAGAAGAAAUUUGUAAAGCAUUUACAAUAAGAUAUUUGAGUAAUACUCUAAAUCAGUGAUUCUCAAACUUUUUUGGUGACGGAACCUUUUUGAAAAGCGAAAUAUUUGACGGAGCCCUAAACACAUUUCGGAAAAAAGUCCUUCUUGCUCUAGCCUCUUGCCAGUUUCAUCCCUUUCCUUUGCGGAGCCCCUACAUCAAAAUUCUCAAAAUCAUAUACGCCUUCCUCUUCUUGACUUCUACAAAAAAAAAGUCCUCCAGCCGAAAAUACCAACAUCAUAUACUCCUUCUAAAAAAAAAACAAAAAAAUUAGGUCCUCAAGCCAAGUCCCGUGGUAGUAAUGGGUACUGCUUAUUUUCUUCUCGGAGCCCCCACACAGGCUUUGCGGAGCCUCAGGGAUCCUGGUCCGCUUUGAGUAACGCUGCUCUAAAUUAUCCCUAGCUAGGGAUUUCAACUUUACAAAAGUGCGCUACUAAACUAAAUCUAAGAUAUGGUCUUUCGGAAGAUUUAUGUAAAUACUUCAAGUAUGUAUGUAAUGUUAAAUCUCCUCUGUGUAUUGUAUGUAUAUAAACACAAUAGAUAAAACUGUUUUUCUCUAAUUGGAUACCUGUAUUUAUAGAUUAUUACCUAUAAUAAAACUGGGUUGUUU